AUGGGUUGCAUUUGCAAUGACUGCUGGGCCCGGCCGCGCUAUCCGUCGAUGCAUAAGCACCCAAAAGGUACGUCGCCGGAAGCAAGGCAUGUAAAUGGCUCUGAGGUGAAGGCCUUGUUCUCUGUGGUUGGCAUCACAUGUUCUGCAUGCGCCGGAUCGAUUGAAAAGGCGGUCAAGCGGCUUCCGGGGAUCCGUGAGGCUGCCGUCGAUGUGUUGAAUAAUACUGUCCAUGUUCUCUACUAUCCAAGCUUGGUUACUGAGGAAAAAAUACGCGAGACUAUGGAAGAUGCGGGAUUUGAAGCCAAAUUGAUCAAAGAGGAGACAAUUAAUGGCAAAUUAAGACAAGUAUGCAGAAUAAGCAUAAAUGGAAUGACUUGUACCUCUUGCUCCUCCACUGUUGAAUCUGCCCUCCAAGCAGUUCAUGGUGUACAAAGAGCUCAAGUGGCCUUAGCAACUGAAGAAGCAGAAGUUCAUUACGAUCCAAAGAUUGUAAGCUACAAUCAGCUGUCGGAAAUCGUCGAAAACACCGGAUUCGAAGCGAAACUUAUUAGUCUAGGGGACGACAUAAGCAAGAUUGAGCUCAAAGUUGACGGUAUAAAGACUGAACAAAGCAUUAGAGCAAUAACAAAAUCCCUUGAGGCACUUCCUGGGGUUCAAGACAUAGAGACAUUCCCCGAACUCAACAAAAUUUCGGUUUGUUAUAAACAAGAUGUCAUAGGACCAAGAACUUUCAUCGAAGUGAUCGAAUCAUCAGGGUCCGCGCAUUUCAAAGCAAUGAUAUACCCUGAAGGGGGGAGAGACACUCAUAGAAAGGAGGAAGUUAAGCAGUACUAUAAAUACUUUUUAUGGAGUUUAUUUUUCGCAAUUCCCGUGUUUUUAACCUCCAUGGUGUUGAUGUAUAUCCCAGGAAUUAAGAAGGUGCUUGAUGUUAGAAUUGUGAAUAAGUUGACAGUUGGUCAGAUUCUGAGGUGGGAGCUGUCCACUCCAGUGCAGUUCAUCAUAGGCAGGAGGUUCUACAUUGGAUCAUACAAAGCGUUGCGCAAUGGUUCUGCUAAUAUGGAUGUUUUGAUUGCCUUGGGAACCAAUGCAGCCUAUUUCUAUUCAGUCUAUAUAGUUUUAAGAUCUGCAAUCUCUAGAGAUUUCAAGGGUACAGAUUUCUUUGAGACUAGCUCAAUGCUUAUUGCAUUUAUCUUGUUAGGCAAGUAUCUGGAGGUUUUGGCAAAGGGGAAGACAUCUGAUGCCAUUGCCAAGCUUAUGAACUUGGCGCCCGAGACAGCAACGUUGCUGAGUUUGGAUGAGGAUGGAAACGUGGUAAACGAACAAGAAAUCGAUAGUAGGUUGAUACAAAAGAAUGAUGUGAUUAAAAUCAUUCCGGGUGCUAAAGUUGCCUGUGAUGGUUUUGUUGUAUGGGGGCAGAGCCAUGUGAAUGAAAGCAUGAUAACAGGAGAAGCACUGCCGGUGGGUAAAAAUAAGGGUGAUGCUGUCAUUGGAGGCACUGUGAAUGUGAAUGGAGUGUUGCAUAUUAAGGCAACAAGGGUUGGAUCCGAGAGUGCUCUUUCGCAGAUUGUUCGACUUGUUGAAUCUGCGCAAAUGGCCAAAGCUCCUGUACAAAAGUUUGCUGAUCGCAUUUCGAAAUACUUUGUGCCAACGGUUAUCAUUCUUUCAUUUUCGACGUGGCUUGCCUGGUUUUUAUCAGGGAAGUUCCGUAGCUACCCACAGUCUUGGAUACCGUCUUCUAUCGACAGUUUUGAGCUUGCGCUUCAGUUCGGGAUCUCAGUCAUGGUCAUAGCUUGCCCUUGUGCUUUAGGCCUAGCAACUCCUACUGCCGUUAUGGUUGGUACCGGAGUUGGUGCAUCUCAAGGUAUACUGAUCAAAGGGGGCCAAGCAUUAGAGAACGCACAUAAGGUGAACUGCAUUGUUUUCGACAAGACGGGGACUCUCACAGCUGGGAAACCAGUGGUUGUAAACACAAAAAUCUUCAAUAAUAUGCUCCCUCAUGAAUUUUAUGAACUUGUUGCGGCAACUGAGGUUAACAGUGAGCAUCCACUAGCCAAGGCUAUUGUAGAGCAUGCCAAGAAAUUCAGAGAAGGAGAAGACAAUCCUUCCUGGCCUGAAGCACAAAAUUUUGCAUCCAUUACCGGCCAAGGAUUGAAGGCAGUUGUUCGGGACAAGGAGAUAAUCGUAGGCAACAAGAGUUUAAUGUUGGAUUCUAACAUUGCCAUUCCGGUGGAGGCUGAAGCUGCACUAGCAGAAGCUGAAGCAUUAGCUCAAACCGGGAUUCUAAUAGCUAUAGACAGGGAAGUAGCAGGAGUUGUAGCCAUAUCCGAUCCACUGAAACCCGGCGCCAAAGAAGUCGUUUCCAUACUCAAGUCUAUGGGAGUUAAAAGUAUCAUGGUUACAGGUGACAAUUGGGGCACAGCAAAUUCCAUUGCCAAGGAAACUGAAAUUGAAACCGUGAUCGCAGAAGCCAAACCCGAACAUAAAGCUGAGAAAGUGAAGGAUUUGCAGGCUACGGGGUACGUUGUUGCAAUGGUGGGGGAUGGGAUCAACGACUCACCGGCACUUGUGGCAGCAGAUGUAGGAAUGGCAAUUGGUGCUGGCACAGAUAUUGCUAUUGAAGCAGCUGACAUUGUUCUUAUGAAGAGCAACUUGGAAGAUGUGAUAACAGCCAUUGACCUUUCCAGGAAAACCUUCUCUCGCAUUCGUUUGAACUAUAUCUGGGCGUUGGGAUAUAAUGUGCUCGGAAUCCCAGUAGCUGCGGGAGCCCUUUUUCCAUCCACCAGGUUUAGAUUACCGCCAUGGAUUGCCGGAGCUGCAAUGGCUGCGUCCUCUGUUAGCGUCGUUUGCUGCUCUUUGUUGUUGAAGAACUACAAGAGACCCAAGAACUUGGAUGUCCUUGAGAUACAUGAAGUAAGAAUCGAACCAUAAAUAUUAGUUUCGAUUCCAUUGGAACGACGACUGUUUGGCUCCCGGUGUAUAUUAUUGUGAUGGCAGACUUCAUCUUCAAUGAAUUGUUAUGCACUAAUUACCCCCAAGACAAUAAAAGAAAGAGA